AUGUCCUCCAUCACGUACCAAAACCUCCCCGGUCCCGUAGGCAACUGCCUCAAACCUCUCUAUGCAACAACCGCCAAAGUCCCCGUCUCGCCUUCGACUUCUCUUAUCUAUACAACCGGCCAUAUUGGCCUCGAUCUAGCGACGGGUAAAUUGGUCUCGGAGACACCUGAGGCCGAGUUCGAGGCCAUUUUCAAGUGUCUUGACGCAGCGCUCAAACACGCCGGUGCUGCCCAGGGCCUGGCGCAGAGUUAUCGAUUCACGAGCUACCUCGUUCAUGCAGAGGACGAGAAGAUCAUGCAAGACGUAUUUCAAAAGCUGGUGCCUGGGCAUACGCCGACUUGGUGUACCGUUCUUGUUAAGGAGAUCAAUGUGAAGGGCAUGCGAGCGGAGAUUGCGGCUGAGGGUGCGGUUUUUGAGUAA